GGAAACGCAUCGUCUUCAGUUAACCAUGUGGUUCCGGUGCCUGUCCUGCGCAUGUUUAGUGUAUUGACGGCAUAUAGGGGGUCCUGAUAGGAAGAUGGUAGCCACCAGAAGAGGCAUGGCGGUAGAUCCGCCAGAGGAGAGGGAAGGAAAGGAGGAGGACACCACCGGGCAGCCCCUCAUGGAAGUCGGCACUCCUGCAUCCCAAGUUCAAACACGGAACCGAGUAAAGAGGACCUCUGAAUCAAAAGAUGAUGCUAAUGAUAGCACAGAUCCAUCAGAGUCACUUAAGCCAGAUGUACAGAUUGUUACCAGAAGCAGACGUAGAAGUGGACAACCAGAUGGGAAUGUUUCUGAAGCCGACUCUACUACUUCAAGUCACUCAACGGGAAAGAAUAGACAUCUAACAGAAUCUUCAAGGAAACUAAGAAGUCACAGGUCUCGUUUGACAACUGAACCAAUUAAGGAGUCCAAGGAAGAUAGUGAGUUGUCUGAAGCAGAAUCAAAUUGUUCUUCAGUUUCUAUGAGAGCCUCAAACAGACGGUCUUCAACUAUUUCCAAUACACUCAGAAGAAGCUGUAGGUCUGUUGUAGUUUCUGAGUCUGCGAUUGUCAUUAAGGAAGAUGAAGAUAUUUCAGAGGUAGAAUCAAACUGUUCCUCUGUUUCAGGGGUGCAAAAUGUUAGAAGAACCCGAGUGACAAGGAGUAGACAAAGAAUGACAAAUCGCAUACAGUCUCCUGUCAAGGAAUCACAAGUAAUUGCAAUAUCUGAUGCCGAAUCUUGUAGUUCUGGUAUUUCUUCCCAGCCCCUUGCAAGGCGAGUAAGCAGAAGAAAUGUAUGUAAAUCACAGAAAGAAGUUCAUGACGAACGUUUAAAGGAAACAAACAAUGAUACUGUUGAGGUAGUGGAAACUCUUUUAAAGAAAACAUCUAGUUCACCUAUGCCAGUAGAGAGAAGUCCUGAAGCAGACCCCAACAUAUCACCACGCAGAAUAUUAAGGAAUAGGCAAAUUGAUCUGAAGAUUGAUAUCAUGAAUACUUCUGUUACUGAACUACAGGUGAAAGAACAAACUAAGCAGACAUCCAACAAGGCUUCUGAUGUGGAGCACCCAGAAACAUCCAUAAAAGAAGAUGAAAUAGUUUUUACCGCUAAAAAUAUUGUUGCAUCGCCUUCAACAAAAAAUACAUUGUCUUCUGCAGUAAGCGGGAAUGUAUCAGAACAGAUUGAUCUGACCGGCAAAUCAGAUGUAGAAUUGGUGGAUGUUGAACAAGAUCCUCCAGAAUCAAGUAACACGAAGGAGACCAUCUCCACAUUCAUCAUUGAUGAUGAUGAUGAUGAUGAUGAUCAAAGUCCAGGUUCGGAAAAAAGAUUUGGUGAGGCUAACAUAAUGAGUCCAGAGAUUUCAAGUAAAUCAUCUGUUAAAGAAAAUGAAAUACUGUUGUUACUUGAAAGUGAUGACAGUUCAGAAUCUGAACAAGACGAUGUGGAAGAAGAUGAAACAGAUGAUGAAAUAGAGAUCGACACACCACUUGUAGAAAGGGAUGUAAGACAGAAUGUUAAACAGCCUUCAGGGGAUUUAAUGGAAGAUGGCUUUUUUGUUAUUGACACCAAACCUGGAUCAGAUUCUAGUAAAAAGUAUUUUAUUGAACAAAAAGAUGAUGGUGGUGGCGAUGUUGAAAAAGAUGGAACGAGCGAAGAGGAGGAACCAGAUGAAUCUGAUGAAGAUUUUAUUGAUGAAGAUGAAGAUGAUGCACUGUUGAACAAACCGAAACAUGGCUUGUCACUAUCAACCAACAUAGACACUGGGCUGAAACUUAAGGAUUUAGGAGGCUUAUAUAUAAGCUUUAAUGCUGAAAAGCCAGACCCUGGCCCAAGUUUGCUUCAGAAAAUGAAAAAGGAGUACAAGAAGACGGAUGAGCUUCUGAAGAAUAGUGUCAUAACUCCUGACUUUGAAAAGAAGGAAUGUGUCCCAUCACAUAAAGAACAAAUUAAACAACUGAAGAAAGCGAGAAAGGAAGAACGGGACAAGUCAAGUGGCUGUGGCUGGUUUGACAUGAAAGCUCCAGAGCUAACUGAUGAGCUGAAGAAUGACCUCAAGGCUCUAAAAAUGAGAUCCGCAAUGGACCCAAAACGAUUCUACAAGAAAAAUGACAGGGAUGGUUUUCCUAAAUAUUUCCAGGUUGGCACUGUGGUGGACAACUCUAUAGACUUCUAUCACUCCCGAAUCCCAAAGAAAGAAAGAAAGAGAACAAUUGUGGAAGAACUUUUGGCAGACUCAGAAUUUAGAAGAUAUAACAAAAAGAAAUUCACAGAGAUUAUGGCAGAAAAGAGAGCUCAGGCAGAAGGAAAGAAGAACAGAAAAAAGAAGAAAUUCCGAAAGUGAAUCCGAAUUGGAAACCACGUUUACAAUUGAAUCGGUUGUUCCAGCGACACAUUAUAUAUAAUCUGCAGCUUUCUAACAUAUUAACUGUGAGAUUCCAAGGAAGAGGGUGGAAUCACAUCAAGCCUUCUUUUCAUAAGGAUUUGUGUAGAAAUCAGGCAAUACCACUGUGUACACUUGGUUCCAGACUAAUUUGAUUACAGCUUUGUAAUAGUGGGUUUUUAAAUUGUGAAGCUUUGCUACAUUAAACCGUUCUGUAUCAAACUGCA